CAUUUAUGAACUUUACAAGAAAAGUCAUGUCUCAAGUCUACUUUGAUAUCUCUAUCGCCAACACCCCCGCCGGGCGCAUCACCUUCAGGCUCUACGACGACAUCGUCCCAAAAACCACCGAAAACUUUAAACAGCUCUGCACUGGCGUCAACGGUUUCGGCUACGCCGGCUCUGGCUUCCACCGAGUCAUCCCCCAGUUUAUGCUCCAGGGCGGUGACUUUACCCGUGGUAACGGUACUGGGGGCAAGUCGAUCUAUGGCGAAAAGUUCGCGGAUGAGAACUUUGUCAAGAGACAUGACAAGCCUUUCCUCUUGUCCAUGGCAAACGCCGGCCCCAAUACCAACGGCUCUCAAUUCUUCAUCACCACUGUCAAGACUCCUUGGCUCGAUGGCAAGCACGUCGUCUUUGGCGAAGUCACCUCUGGCCAGGACCUCGUCCAGCAGAUUGAGAAGCUCGGUAGCAACUCCGGCAGCGUCUCCAAGCCUGUUGUCAUCUCUGCCGCUGGUACUCUCUAGGGCAAUAAUCGAUCAAUGGUAUGAAGGAGUCGGAAGAAGUAGAUAACAGAAAUGAAUGAAAGUCGUC